GCACAUGCCUUUUGCAUCCAGUCAAGCUGGAAAAAUUGGUAGACCAAGUGUGCAGAAAGAAAAGUAUAAAGAAAAAGCGCUUUCGUCCGUGCAGACACGGCAUUAAUACGGGAACAUUCAAAUCGUCCACGAUUUGAACAAGUCCUCUCCACUAGGACUGCACGCCAAAAUGCGAACCUCAAGUGUUACCAAGACUAUGCUCUCCUCGUGUCUGUCUGCUAUCCUGCUCUCCGGGCUUGGUUCGGCUCAGGUAUCAGGGCCAUUUGAGCCGACAUGGUCGUCGACUGACAAACACAACGCUUCCCCCGAGUGGUUCCGAGACGCCAAGUUUGGCGUCUACUGGCAUUGGGGCGCUUUCACUACACCCCAAUACAACAGUGAGUGGUACGGUCGUUACGUAUAUGAACCCACCGGCGACACAAGAGCGGAGCAUACUCGACGAUAUGGACCUCCCGAGGUUUGGGGCUACGACCAUUUCAUCACAGGCGCGAAUGACUUGAAGGGAAAUUUUGUGCAAUUUAAUCCAGUUCUCGCUUCCAAGGGCGGCGUUUGGGACCCAGAGGAGUGGAUUUCCGUUGUCAAUGCUUCGGGGGCGAGAUACGCUGGUCCCGUAGCAGAACACCACGACGGCUACUCGAUGUGGGACAGCAAAGUCAAUGAGUGGAAUUCUGUAACUCAUGGUCCUGGGAUUGACCUUGUAAAGCUCUGGGAAGGAUUGGUUCGCAAGAGCGGCAUGAAGUUUCUCAUCGCUAUGCACCAAGCCUUCAACACCAAUGGCUUCUAUCAGUAUGCACCGCUGCAGAACGACAGCAGCCUCCAAAAAUUGUACGGCCAACUUGGUAAGAGCAGGUCCGACAAGCUAUGGCUCGAUAAGCAACUUGAGAUACUCGAUCAUGUUCAGCCUGACAUGAUCUGGAACGACUUCUCUCUGGAUAGUCCCGGAUACUGCCAGGGCGCCCCAUUUGCUUGCAGCAUUGGAGAGCAACAGCGCCUUGAUUUCCUUGCACACUACUUCAAUCGCGGAGUCGAGUGGAACAAAGACGUUCUCACGACCUACAAGCAUUUCGAUUCCGGUUUCCGCAACACAUCCGCCGUGGCCGACUUCGAACGUGGUGGGCCCGCCGAUAUCGUCCGUCCCUACUGGCUCACGGACGACGCCAUCAGUGCAUCUAGCUGGAGCUACACUGUUGGAAUGCGGUACUACAGCUCUGUUCAGAUGAUCCACUCUCUGCUCGACCGCAUUAGCAAGAACGGCAACAUGCUGCUCAAUAUCUCGCCAACCGCGGCUGGACUUCUUCCCGAGGAGCAAAAGAAGGUCCUGUCUGACAUUGGUGCCUACCUUGGCCGUUACGGCGAGGCCGUCUACGAGACUCGUGCAUGGGACAUAUACGGCGAAGGUCCCAACAAAGCUGGCGGCGACUCCUUCACUGCUCCGCUUCAGGGCAAUAGUUCGGAUAUCCGCUUUACGCGAAACAAAGCAAAGGAUGUACUGUAUGCCACUGUCCUCGGCUGGCCUGAGAGCUCUGCCAUAUCAAUCGCCGCUCUGAGCUCAGACGCUGAGGUCGAUUUGAGCUGCCUGACGUCCAUAAAACUGCUUGGAAAUUCAACCGGGCAGUACCUUGACGUUCCUGAUUGGAAGCAAAACAAUUCUUCUCUUACCAUCCAGCUUCCACCAAAACCCGCUGAUUCACCAGCAUACGUUCUCAAGCUUACGUUUGACAACUCCAUCCCUGUGCCUCAGAUCCCUGGGGGAUGCUCUCUCUUCACGGGCGACAGUGUCAACAGCCCUGGAAUCUCUCUGCCGCAGGGUCGUUUCACGUCUGUGUUCUUUGAAGAUGCUGGAAUAAGGGUGGAGGAUGUCAGACUUCUACGCGUCGGUGAUGGUGUAAUGGCCACGCUUCAUGCUAGCCCUGAUCUGAGCGGCGAUUCUGUGGAAUUGACAGCUGGAGAGCAUAAAAUUGAGGCGAAUGCCUUUGGCUCUAUUAGUAUAAGCUCAGCAUAAAACUUUUUCUUUGACAUCGUUUUAAUAUCCACCUACAUAGGACUACGAGGCUAGGCUUAUACUUACUCCGGAAAUAUUGGCUAUCAACUAGUUCUUUCUUAGCCAAUC